CUUGGGGGUGGGAGGGGUGGGAGCGAGCACCUCUCGCGCGCUCCAGUUUUGCUCUGCCCAGCCCAGCCCGCGAGAGGAAAAGCACGCGCUCGCGCGCGCGCCACUCCCCCUCCUCUCUUUCACCCCCCCCUCACCUCCUGUCUCUGGAGUUCGAAGGGCUCGGGUCCUCCCUGCCCGCUCCUCCCCAGCCCCCGCGCCCCGCGCGCCACGCCUGCCCCUGCGCGCGUGCCUGCCUAGUCGUUCGGCUUUGCUUCUGGUAUUGCCACUUCGCUGCGGGGAGGGCGGCGGAAGAACCGGAGGAGGGAAUCCCCCUCUGGUCCGGGGACAGGGGGCGGGGGGAGUGGCGUUCGGGCUUUCCCUUUGCUGCAGCGUCGGGCCGCCGCGAAGUUGGGAGUUUCGAACCCAGGAGGAGAACGAGGAGGAAGCCGCAGCAGCUUGGGGACUCGCUGGCCGCUCUUCACUUUUUUAUCCUCCCUCCCCGUUCAUUCCCUUCUUCCGCACCCUCUCCCUUUGCCCCACCAUGGAUAAUAAGCCUCUGCUGCAGGAGCGACCACCUGCCUACAACCUGGAGGCUGGCCAGGGCGACUACGCUUACGGGCGGCACAACUACGGGGCCAUCCCGGUCGCUCCUGCCCAGCCCGGGCUCCAGCCGAGCUUCCAGCCGGGCUACCAACCCGGUUUCCAGCCCCCGCCGCCUUACUCUUACAACGUUGCAGGUCGGCCUGCAUAUGCACCUGGAUCCUAUAAUAUUCAACCACAAGGUGUGUUCCAGCCUUCCAGUGCUAUAGUAGUUGUUGGAGGUUGUCCAGCCUGCAGAGUUGGUGUUUUGGAAGAGUCCUUUACCUGCCUAGGUAUCCUCUUGGCCAUUCUUUUCUUUCCCAUUGGACUUAUCUGCUGUUUUGCAUUGAGAAGGCAAAAAUGUCCUAACUGCGGAGUAGUUUAUCUUUAAAUGGAACUAUACACCCCAGCUUUCUUAUCCCCACUUUUCUUUUUCUAAUGUAAAUGUCUUGUAAAAUAGCUUUAUUUGAUCAAGUAUCAGAACUGUUUUGUAAAAUGUGAUGAGAUAGCCAGUGUUUCUUGGGCUUGUGGCUUGCAAAAUAUGAGGGAAAAAAAGUAAAUUUGCUUUCAAGGUUAAUGACAACUUUGAUUUAAAACAGCUGCUGCUUUUUUUUUUUGCAAUUUUCACUUUGUGCAAAUUGAGAAAUGCUGUUUUUAUAAAUGAGGUUCAUACUAUUUUACUGGCCCUGCUUAAUUUGAUGUUUGCACAUUGUCACUUGUGUAUAUUUUUAAAAAAUAAAGUUAACUCAUCUCAA